AUGUCACCUUGCUCCAGAGGGGCUAUAUCGCGAGCUCUGCGACUUGGAUCAUUGCAAUGGCAUCCAAAGCCAUGCACUUCCCUUCUGAGAACAACAGUCACUCCCCUCCUACGAACUAUACCGUCGCAAAUCAGCUGCGGCAGCAUCGCGACGCAAAUACGGAUUUCUCCCCGAUCCUUCUCAACCAUACCUUUGCACCGCAAAGAAGUGACCGCUGAAGAACUGGCCGAGGUGCUUCCUGUAUGCUGUCCUGGAUGUGGUGCUUUUACACAAACGGUCGAGCCGGAAGAGCCAGGGUACUACGGGGGAAAUCGCAAACAGACCCGGAAGUUGAUCGCCUCUCACAAAGGGACGACCGAUAAAGAAAAUGUCGCGCCAGAAGCUAGGGAGUCGGUAGAAGUGGCAGAGAAUUCUGUCAUAGAAGAGGAGGCUGCCAGUGACCCAUUGCCGGAACAGACUGGUGCUACUGAAGAGCCAACAGCGCCUUUGCCAACUCAAGGUGCCUUGCUAGAGAGCAAUAUCUCUACCUUCGAGAACAUCCCUAUUUCUGAAGAUAUACCUGGCUCUGACGAUAUCUCUGUCUCUGAUGAUGUUUCUGUCUCCCCUUCAGUUCAGGCUCUAGAGUCACCGGAUCGAAACACCCAGGUCUGCGAUCGCUGUCAUGAUCUGAUACACCAUAACAAGGCUGUCUCGUCACCUAAGCCGACCAUCCUUUCCAUCCGAGAAUAUAUCAACGAGUCACCUCAUAAGCAUAACCGAGUAUACCACAUCCUGGAUGCAGCUGAUUUCCCCAUGUCUCUUGUUCCCCGCAUCCAUUGGGCGCUCUUUGCUCAGGAGCAACGCUCGCGAAACCGACGGUCAUCCACUGAAAAGUAUCAUCAUGGUCAGAAAAUGCCUACGAUCAGUUUCAUCAUUACACGAUCGGAUUUGUUGGCAGCGACUAAAGAGCAGGUGGAUUCUAAAAUGGAAUAUGUCCGUUCAAUCCUGCGCAAUGCCUUGGGAAGAGCAGGAAAGGAUGUCCGACUAGGCAACGUGCACAUGAUUAGCGCACACCGAGGUUGGUGGACCAAGCAAGUCAAGGAAGAGAUUCGGGAGCACGGUGGAGGUAUCUGGGUCGUCGGUAAGGCCAAUGUGGGCAAGAGCAGCUUCAUUGAGGCGUGUUUCCCCAAGGAUUCUCGAAGGCUAGAGAAUAUGGCCGAGUGGAUGGAAAAACGAGAAAAGGAAAUGUCAACCCAGCGACAGGUAGCCCCUAUCAACCCUGACAGUCUCCUUCCGCCUGCUCCUCGUGAGGAUUUAUACCCAGUGCUUCCAGUUGUGUCUUCUUUGCCAGGGACUACAGUGUCGCCUAUUCGCAUUCCAUUCGGACGUGGACGGGGUGAAAUGAUCGACCUGCCGGGUAUGGAACGCAGCGAGCUAGAAGACCACGUUGUUGACGAGCACAAACGCGAUUUGAUCAUGACAAAGCGCGUAAAGCCUGAGCGGUGUACUCUCAAGCCCGGCCAAUCCCUUCUUCUUGGCGGUGGCUUAGUACGUAUCUCUGCUGUGAAUCCCGAGGAUACCGUGAUGGCCGCCACUUUCGUGCCGAUCGAACCUCACAUUACGAACACAGCAAAGGCGAUCGAGAUACAAGCCGAGCAACAGCCUUAUCGAGGCAAGGUUCUAAUGGUUGAAGGCACAGGCAGCACUAUCGCUUCUGCCGGCAAGUUCGACUUGCAGUGGGACAUCACCGCUUCAAAUCUUCCUACCUCGGUUGCCAAGGCUGUCAAAGACAAGGGCAUUCCGGUACCCUAUCUGCCGUACCGCGUGAUGGCCGCUGACAUCCUCAUCGAGGGCUGUGGCUGGAUUGAAGUGAGCAUCCAAGUCCGCAACAGGCGCGGCUCCGAAGAUGAGCCCCCAAUAUAUCCUCAGGUCGAGGUAUUCUCACCUAAAGGCGAAUACAUUGGAGGCCGAAGACCGAUUGAGUGUUGGAACUUCAUGGCAGAGAAGCUGAAAGUUGACAAGCGCAAGAGGCCUCGCACAAGGCAUCGGUAUAGUUGA